AUGGACUCAUCAAAAAUCUACAGCUAUUGGGACCAUACUUUUGCAUGGACGCCCCUUCACCAGACGAGGGAACAGUUACGAUCGAAGAGGCUCACCUAUGACAGGCUUGGGGAUGAAUGUAUCAAACAGCUCAAUGCUAUCGGCCGUCAUUUAGUUACACAAGACAGGGUAAACGAUCCAGACAGGAAGUUACCGGACCCGGACGUGUACAUCAUGCUGAAGGAACACGCAAGAGAUGAUCCGAAGCUUGGUGAACUCUGGGCGCAAGUCAACUCAGUGCCGGAUUGGGUCGAUUGGCAGCAAAUUAAACGGGGACAAGAGGUGUUCUUCCGUUACGGUCUUCCCAUUCUGAACGUGUUUAUCCUCCAGAUCUCUGAAUCUGUUGACGCAAUGAAGCCAGGUGGGGUUGGUAAUAUCUCAUCCAUCCGCGUUCGGCUGCUGCAUGCAUAUCUUCGUACCUUAAUUUGUACUCGGGAAAGAUAUGACACUGGGAGAUACGGAGUCCCUAUAAACGACCUUGACAGUGCUGCAACGAUUAGCAGUUUCUCAUCCAUCAUCAUCUGGCUCGGCCUCCCCCGGCAAGGUAUCUGGCUCCGCAAGCAGGAGAUAGACGAUUACUUAGCUCUCUGGAGACUGGUAGCCUACUACUUGGGAGUUCCAGACGAGCCUUUUGCUAGCCAGCAAACCGCGCGAGCGCUGAUGGAGUCUCUCCUUGUAUCGGAACUAGAUCCUACCAACACUGGUAGAUUCCUAGCUCGUAACAUACUCAACGGCUUGGAGAACAGAGCCCCAGCGCAUGCUUCAAUGGGGUUUAUGGAGGCUAUGGUUCGACAACUAAAUGGGAAACAACUCUCUGACGGCCUUCAUAUUCCUCAGCCCAAACUGUACUAUCGGGUUCUGAUAUACGGGUACUGCUUCUUUGUCAUGGCUUUAGCGUAUGGCACCCGGUGGUUUCCGAAGCUCGAUCAAAGGUUUAUCGCGUAUCGUCGUCGAUACUAUUACACCAUGAUAACCGACCGAGAGAAAGGGCUUGGGGGCGAGUCAUUUUUUGACUUCGUAUACAAGCCAUCUUAUGCAGGGCCGCUCUAUAAAGCAGUGACGGUCAAGGAGGAAGAAACAAUCCCGAAAACAUCACGACGCGGCAUUGAAGCACUAGCCCGGCUGGGUCUUGUGGCUGCAUUUAUCACUGCUGUGACUCUGCUCAGUGGGGCUAUAUAUGUGUUCCUGUUCCUUACGCUGCAAGGUAAAGUUCUACCCCCAGCGCAAGAUCAACUCAGUUCAUAUAUGUUCAGUUCAUUUCAUUUCAUAAUAGCAUCCACAACAUUAUCACCCAUAUCUCCAUCCUCAAAUAUAUUCACUCGGGAAGUCGAUAGAAAGGUAGGUAUCGAAAACCGAUUUACUUCUAUACACACAAACCACCGGGUAACCACAUACCCCACACUCCUUGCAAGUGCAAGACUGUCCACAAGUGCAGGAACUCGGUCCGCUGCAACCGCAAGUGUUUCCGGAUCCGCAACCACAGCCCAUAUUGAAGAUUAGGUUUGGAUAAGGUAGGAAGAGAGGGAAAAAAGUGUAGCUAGUGAUUGGUAGUCUUGGAUGGUGCAAUAUCUUUGUCUUCUGAAUGGUUGAAUAAGACGAGAUGAGAACCUUGGGGGUGAGCAGUUCCAGCUAUAUAUAGCUUUGCUCUGGAUGGCGGGGGAGGAGGGGAAGUCCUCGGAUGAGCGAUAAAGUCAUCAUGAGGUCAGGUGCAGAGAAGCGGAGCGGAUCGGGUCGGUUAUGUCAUUAUGAGAUUGGGGGACUGGACUGUUAGUCAUUGGAUGAUGGAGACUAUUGGUAUUAUUUAUCGGAUAAGAUUUGCAUGUUUACUAAGUAUCUGUGAGGUUUAAGAGGUUUGAGGGGGUGUAGAUGGAUCUUUGGAUACUAUACUUUGAUAUUUGGUGGGUUGUGUUCUAUUAUAUGUUGUGUUGAGUAAGUAGUAGUAGUAGUAUAUGUAUAAUAUGUGGAAUUGGGCAUGAGAAUCCACUAAAUUGGAUGUUUCCAUUAAGGACUUACGAUAGAUGUAUAUCUAGGAUAAAGCAGUGCACUUACUUGUCUAUCUCCGUCUGACCCUCUGCGUGACAUCCUGUUUCGAUGGUUAUUGUGGCUG